AGUGUACACCCGGGCUUUUUGACCGGAUUAGACAUGACACUUGAUAGUCUUAUUCAAUGCUUGUGAGUAACACAUAUCAUCAUUAAAUUACGUUAAAUGAACAGUUUUCAUUUCUGUAUGUUUAUUAAUGUAACAGAUACAUUUCUUGAUAGUGAUUAGAGAGAAAAAAAAUAUUCAGACCCAUUCCAUUCGUAUUGUUUAAGUAAGUGUGUAGUCUACAGGUAAUGAACCAGGUAGUGUUGAUUAAAAAAUUUAACAACUGAAAAACUUUUCACCAAUUUCAAAAAUAGGUUUGUCCCUGCUUGACUUACUGUUAGGCUCUUUCUGUGCUGUAUGUGCUCAUUGUUGCCAUAAAUACUUACCCAUCAAGUGAUUCUAUUACUGUCAAGGCUGACGAAAGGACAAGAUGACUGCACAACCUUAAUUCAUUAACACAGAUAUUAAAGAGCUUUCAGGCUCCUCAGAGUUAGUCUUAAAGUCUGUGUUUUAUUUUCUGACAAGGACACAGAUUUGGGGAGGAAUUAUAUGCAAAUGUGUAAUGUAAGUAGAAAAACUAAAAGUACCAGCCCAUUAGAUUUGCAAUAUUUAUAUUAAUUUUCAUUUUGUCUGCCUUUUUUAUUUACAUAUUCUUUGAUCGUGUGUACAUGUGCAUCUCAUUGCAGUCAGAAAUAAUAAUCAGGAUGUUUAAUACGUCAACAGGGCAGACGGGGGCAGACUAGUAUUUUGUAUGUAGAGCAAUGGUGUGCAUAGUGAUAUCAUACAUCAUUCAGCCUCAUGGAAAAUUCCACCUCAUGUUUGUUGUCGCUUAGUGACCAAGACACACAAUACGGAAAACUCAACAGAAACCACUUGGCUUAGCUUCUUAUUACUUGUUUUGGCUGAAUUUUGAGAAAUUUCAUCUGUGUUGCACAGCAAAAAUGUUGAGGUCAAGGACUUCUAAUUGACAACAUGGAAUCUGUGAAUAUAACUGACUCGUAUGAGGACAACAGGGAUGUUGAUCAAAGUCGGCAGUCACUCCGUAGUACCAAGACAGAUUUGCAAGAAUCGUCCUUCCAAAAACAGAAAAGGAACAUCUGGGACAAGAUCCAGGAUGGGGAUGAAAAAAACAACUGUGCCGAGAGUAGAUCGAAAACCAGAACCUGGCAUUCAGAUCCAGAUCGGGACCAGAUAUCAGAUGGAGAGAGACGGGGAAGUAGUCGGUCAUUUUACUCAGAGGACUAUGAGAAUGAUUCUCCUUCAGAGGGCUCAAUCUCACCUUACUCCCAUUCUCGGACUCCGUCCCCUCCUCCUCAAAGAGGGACACAGGCAAAGAGAACUUCUGGCAGCUUCAUCUACAAGACAGGUAGUGUAGGGCGUCGUGGUGUGUCUCGCCCACAGCGUCCAGGUGGCCAACCCCUGACCCAGCAUCAUCGCAAGGGAGUGCGUUCACAAAGUAAGGAGUCCACACCCCCUAAAGACCUGGACCUAGUGACCAAGAGGAUGCUUUCAGCCCGCCUGCUAAAGAUUAAUGAAUUGCGUAAUGCACUUGCUGAGCUGCAACAGCGUACUGAUGAGCUGCAGAAGGAGAAUCGAAUUCUCAGACAGCUUCAGGUUCGUCAAGAGAAAGCCCUGCAGCGUUACGAUGACACAGAAAACGAGAUUUCCCAGCUCCUCUCGCGCCACACCAACGAAACGCAUGUGCUGCGUGAGCGGCUCAGGCGUACUCAAGAACGGGAACGGGCAGCCGAGCGGCGGUUGAAGGACUGUGAGGUGCAGUUGCAGAGGAGUCAGGCAACCAUCUCACGACUGAAGAAGCUGGUUGACCAGCGAGAGUUAGGAGCCAGAGACGAACUGAGCCGCAGGGUGGAGGAGGAGAAGGCUCGGGCUCAAGAGGCAGAACGAAAGAUCAAGGAGCUGGAGCGCAGCAUGGAGCUGAGUAACAGCAGUUACCAGAGGCAGCUGACUGCAGAGAGGAAGAAGACCAUGAGCGCACAGGAAGAGAUCAGAACUCUGCAGGAGGAACUGGAGCGACUGACCAGUAAACUCAAGGAGAAGGAAAGAGAACUAGAUGCCAAGAACAUAUAUGCCAAUCGCAUGAUAAAGCCUUCACAUAAAAAAGAUACUGACAGUGGCACAAAGCGUAAAACUCCCAGCAGGAACAGCAGCAAGGCGGCGCAGACUAAAGACAGGCUGUCUAGUCUGGAUUUCCCCACACCUCCUCCUGCCAUCACUGAUGCCACUCAGUACAGUGAACAGGCACCUGAUGAAUAUCUAUCACUCAAGCAGGAGCUUGACAGACUGGCAGAGUCAGAGGACAGCCAUCAGAAGUUGGAACAGCAGAAGAUGAGAGAAAAAGAAAAAGAAAGAGACAAGGAGAAGGAGUUGGUAAAGGAGAAAGAAGAGCAGAAGAAAGAGCAACUCAACCAGGAGCUGAAUCUUCUUGAGGAGAAGGCAUCGAAACUAAGAGAUGGCUUCGAGAAAGAAAAAGAGGAAGAUGACAGAAAGAGGACAAGUUCCUUGUUUAACACAGAGGAAGAGAACAACAGGAAGCGUGGCCAUGUCCAGGAAGAGGUGAAGAAGUGGAACCAGGAUACUCUGGCCAGCCAUCAAGCAGCAGAGGAAUCACGUCGCAAAAAGGAGCAGUUGCUGGCUAAGAUGCGUGAGAUAGAUCGACAGAACCAGGGAGCCCAGGACACUAUGUUUUCUGAGUCUAGUCCCUCUGUAUCCAAUGGGGGUACUAGUAACCAUUACACUCCUAUUCUUCCUGAGCAGAAGAACUCGAUUUUUAACCUCACAGAAUCAGGGGAAUCAGCCAGUUUGUGUGGUGGUGGUGCUGGAAGCAGGGAAGGUGGAAAGAGAAGAUCUGGCAUUGAGGGGGGAGCUGUUACAACAGGAGUGGGGAGAAGGGCACUACGGUCCCAAAUCUCCAGUGAUGACUUGGCAUUCGGAAGUUAUGCACCUUCUUUCGGAAAUUCAGCUUCCCGAGGUUCCCCAGGCUUCCCUCCACCUCCGUCUGCAGCAGACAGGGACUCAGCAUUAGAAGCGAUUGGUGUUUUUAGUCUGAGAGGGAUGGAGACGGAGAAAGAGAGGGAAACGGAAAGAGGAGUGGAGAAAGACAGGAAAUCUAGCCUCAUGCAGCAGCUGUUUGGUGCUCUAGCAACAUCCCCUGGUGACAAUGUGAGCACUACCAAUAAAAUGGAGCUCCUCAACAGUCCUCCAACUAUCAAUGGAGUACGUUCAAGAAGAGAAGCGCUGCUCAGCUUCAACUCAGGGUCUUCCACUCCUCCAGCAUCCUCCCUGAACACCUUACACAUCACAGACAGUAGACCUGCCAUCCGUGCCAUCACCUCUUUUGAUGAUGACAUAGAGGAACUUACUUUAUGAACUUUAUUUAGAUUUAGUAGUAGUAGUUUCACAGCAGAUGAGGUGAUUUCCAAAAUAUAAGUAACUGAGUAACAUGGUUUAUGUGCAAACACUAUUUAUUACCCAAUAAAAAUGUCAACAUUAUCAACGGAAGCAAACAUAGAAGAGAAAAUAUAUAAAUGAUAUAAAGUAGGAUUAAAACUGUGUUAUUAUCUUUUUAAUGUUUCAUUGUGUAGAUAAAAACUUGCAUGUGUGUAGACACAUGUCUGACAAAGGUAGUUGUCACAGUGUUGCUGAAACUGGUAAUGUAGGAUUGUUGAUCCUUUAAUCUGUUGUAACACUAGUUGAACUUAUAAGUGUUGUUGACUGGUUGCACUUGUUAAAUUUCCUCAGGUUCCAUUCCAGUUUUUCUGGUAGUAUAUGAAUCGUAGGUUAUCUGACGAAAAGAAUGAUAGCAAAGCCACACCAGCUAACCUCUGGAAUUAUCAAUUCCAAACCAAAGCGUGGGCAAUAUAGUCAUUUUUUAGUGCAAGUCACAUUUCUUUGCAUUUUACAUUUCAGCACUUUGCCAUGCUUUUUUAAAACAAUAAUAGUUUGGAAUUCGGGCGUACAGUCCAUGCCAUAGGAAUGUACUCCACCACAAAGCAAUAUGACAAUCACAGUAUGUUUACUGAAUGUCUGAUAAUUAUAUAAAAUGGCUUAUAUUUAUUUAUAUUUGCAGGUUUCUGGAAUAUUAUCUUGACACUUACUAAAUGCCCUUGUUAUUGACCAUGCUAAUGGCCUAUAAUCUAAUGUUGCUAAAUAAUAAACAUAAGCUCAGUGAAAGUUUAGAAGUAGUAUGUUGUAUUUUGACAAAAAAACAAAAAAACAAAAAACAACACACCUGACUUGAAGGUAUCGGGUGAUACCUUGAUAUCAGGGAAAUAUCAAUAGUCCCUGUCCCCUGCGCUCAUAUGCCUCACA